CACCAGUGGCCCAGGGCGCCGCGCCGCGGUGUCGCGACGACUGGCGUGGGGCCGUGCUGUGUCAAGCGAGCGAACCGCUGGUGCUACGAUCCGAAGACCGAGCACUAUGGUCGGCCUGGGACGACAAAGUGAGGAUGACGAAAAGCAGCCCGUUCUGGAUCCGUAUUUCUCGGGUACCACGGCCGUGACGGUGCGACCCGAGCUGAGACAAGCCACGUACGCCUGGGACCAGAUAAACGUGUUCACCAAGGCCAGCAAACGGCGCCUGAACUGGAUCAGAAAGGACGGCGGGGACCAGCAACCGAAACACAUUCUCAAGGAUGUCAAGGGCGUCGUUCAUCCGGGAGAGUUCCUGGCUAUCAUGGGUGCGUCCGGGGCCGGCAAGACAACCCUGCUCAACGUGCUCACCUACCGCAACCUCAAGGGUCUCAAGGUCACCGGAGGCCGCACCAUUAACGGCGAGACGACCGACCUGGGCUCUAUCAAGAAGAUCGGCGCCUACGUUCAGCAGGAUGACCUCAUGAUCGGCACGCUCACAGUCCGCGAACAUCUCAAAUUCCAGGCGCUGCUAAGGAUGGAGACGAGGACCUCGUACAAGAUGCGCAUGCGUCGCGUGGAGGAUGUCAUCAAGGAGCUGGGCCUGACUAAGUGCGCCGACACCGUGAUCGGCUCCCCGUCUCUCGGGCAGAAGGGCAUCUCCGGCGGCGAGAUGAAGCGACUCUCCUUCGCCUGCGAGGUCAUCACCGACCCUCCUCUGCUCUUCUGUGAUGAGCCCACCUCGGGUCUCGACUCGUUCAUGGCCCAAAAUGUGGUGGCCGUGCUGAAGGCCCUGGCCGAGCGCGGGAAGACCGUCAUCUGCACCAUCCACCAGCCCAGCUCGGAGGUAUACGCCAUGUUCGACAGGGUUCUGCUGAUGGCCGAAGGGCGCGUAGCCUACAUGGGCGACGUGGACGGCGCCUACGACUUCUUUAGAGAGGUUGGCUACGCUUGUCCCGCGAACUUCAACCCUGCCGAUUUCUUCAUCCAGACUCUGGCCAUUGUGCCGGGUAUGGAAGAGCAGUGUCGCGGCCGAGUCGGCAAGAUCGCAAACUGCUUCCAGGAGAGUAAGGUGGGCCUGGACAUGGCCAAGGAAGCAGGGAGCCUGGUGCUGUCGCUGAACAGUGGCAACAGUGUGGAGGUGGACACGGCCUCACGAGUCCAGUCCCACUACAGGACGGGAUGGUGGGGGCAGUUCAAGGCCGUCUUCUGGCGGUCGGUGCUAUCCAACAUGCGCGAACCCAUGGUUCUGAAAGUCAAGGCCAUCCAGACAGUGUUCAUCGCGCUUCUCUUUGGAGUGAUAUACCUGGGCCAGGAGCUCAACCAGGAAGGCGUUAUGAACAUCAACGGCGCUCUCUUCCUCUUCAUCACCAACAUGACCUUCCAGAACGUGUUCGCAGUGGUCAAUGUGUUCUGUCUCGAGUUGCCCAUCUUCAUGCGGGAGCACGGCAAUGGGAUGUAUCGGACUGACGUGUACUUCCUGGCCAAGACACUCGCAGAGCUGCCUCUGUACUUCAUUUUCCCAUUUGCCUUCGUCGCCAUUUGUUACUUCAUGAUUGGCCUGAAGGGUGACGUGGGCAGCUUCUUCGUCUGCGUCGGCAUCGUUAUCCUGGUCUCCAACGUGGCUGCCUCGUUCGGGUACAUGACGUCAUGUUCGUGCAGCAGUGUCAACGUGGCUCUGGCUGUCACGUCGCCAGCGAUCGUCCCGCUCAUGCUGUUCGGAGGCUUCUUCCUCAACAGCGGGUCAGUACCUGUCUGGCUGGAGUGGCUGGAGUACCUCUCCUGGUUCAACUACGCCAAUGAAGCGCUCAGCAUCAACCAGUGGCAGAACGUAAUGUCGAUCGACUGCGGCGGCAACCCGGCCUGUCCUUCAAACGGCUCCGUCGUCCUGGACAGCUUGAAUUACAGCGUGGACAACUUCGGCGUCGAUCUGGCGGCGCUAGGAGGCCUGCUGGUGGGCUACCGCCUGAUCGCCUUCCUCGUGUUGCUCUUCAGGGCGUAUCGUUACGAGUAGGUCCGCUGGCGUGCCAGGCGUCGCGUGUCCUACGCAUCACUGCCCGCGGGUAUUGGCCAAAUCGCCGUCGUGUGACAUCUCGGCGGCGUGGAUUGGUGUAAUGUGACAUCAGCUGCGCCUCGGACCGUUGCUGUGUGACGUCUUACGAUUUGUUACCGGGCGCGGAGCGACAAUCGGCGCGCUGAGGGGCUGGAAGCUGCGCGAUGUUAGGCUCCGUGUGGAGCGAGUGACGUCAUCCAUGAUGUGACGCACGUCGUGUGACGUCAUCUGCGACCGGCUCGUGUGAUGCUGCUCUGCACUUCUGGGAUUGUGCUCGGAAACAUGGCCGGUAGCAGUCCUAUCUAUCAAGUAGACAAUCACACGGUGCUCUCAGCGUUGCAACUAGCGUCUGUGUUAUCAUGUUAGGAUGUAUCCCGGGCCUGUAAAUGCCUUUACAAUGCCAAUGGCGAUCUCUAACAUUGGAUAGCUCCUGUAAAUCAACGUUGCAGUUGUCCUUCGACGGGUCAGAGAGCCGAAACUUGUGCAGAACAGGAAUCAAUGAUAGCCAUAGGAAACCGGCAAAUGCUCUUUUUUGGAGGGAUUUGACCUUAAGUUUGAAAAAACCUAGGGGAGGUGGGACUAGGGAGGCGGAAAUCCAUUCGCCCAUGACAUUUGGUCGAUAGGUAGCGUUUAUCGUAAGAACGGCGUGAUAUUGUUACAGAGUUAUGUCACAUUCGGUCGGCCCCGACAUCUCCAGCUUCGGGUUUGCGGGUCUUGUGUAGUAUAGGUACCGUGUGAUUUGUGCAUCUACCCCUCAAAUAUACAUGCGUAUGGAUA